AUGAUCUAUUAAAAAAAAAAAAAAAAAAAGGCAAUGGGUAUAGAAAUGGGUUUGGGGGAAACCGGUGGAAUUAGGCAGACAGAGAAAGGAGCCAUUCCUGCAAAAGGCUGAGUAUUUUUGGCCCAUUACCCUCUCAGAACCACAUGUGCUCUCCUGCUGUGUGGCUUGUGGGGGGCAGCAUGACCAGGGAGUGGCAAAAACUGGAGUUGCUUAGAGAAAGGAAGGUGACCAUAUGCUACUAUUUCCCUGCCUGCAAAUCUUCCUCCAUCCCAGCUCGGCUCCGUGUGGUGCAGAACAGAACCAUCCUGAGGGAAAUGUGCUGGGAGCGAGAAGCCAACACAGCAUGUUUCUAGUAAACCACCCUGCUGGGGCUGAGUGAGCAGGUAAAACCUAAAGCCAGGUCCUGCAGCCAUUCUCUGUGGGGCAGAAGGAUGGUGGUCUCUGGAAGAGGAAGAUAAUCCCUGCCAGGGGAGUGGACUGACAGCAUACAGCCCUUGGCUCCUGCCACAGACCCUGUAUUCCACCACUACUCCACAUCUCUGCAGAUCUGGAAUGGCAGAAAGCUGUCUCCUUAAAAUCCUGACCCUCUCUUUCCUGUUUCCUUGUGGGAAGAAGCUCCAGUCCUUUUGCUGGGUCCCCCACACAAGGUAGGGUGUGUGUGCCCUGGUACUCGUCUGAGAGGCACUGCUGCACUCAGAGUGGCUUGGGCAGGUCCAUAAAUUGGAUUAUUAUUCUGUCUAGACAUCUCAGGGCAAGAGACAGGGAAGCAAGAGCAACAUAGCUCACUGCUGUGGGUAACAGGAGCAGUUAACCCUAGUCUAUCCCUUCCCUUACACCCUUUCUUUUCUCCUUUCCCAGCAUCUCUCAGGUUGUAUCCAGCUGAACCUGGAAAAGAAAAUGGAGGCUGUCAGUUGCCUCUGGGGGCUUUUCUGCAGCCAAGACACCAUUUCUGUUCAUUUAAUCCCAAAGAUAUUGAAUAUCUGACACAGCCCAGAGUGGGAAUGAAUGUUAAAAAUAAAAGUCUUUGUCAGUGUCAGUGUGGCAAAUAGAGUCCAGUGUGGUGCUCUGCCCUUUUCUCCUCAUGCCUGACAGCAAACAGACAUCAGAAAUCCCCAGAAACUUUUUUCUAGCAUAGUUCAGGGUCCUGAGGGCCCAGAAAAGUAAUAGCAACAUGGUUUCAGGCAAAGAAGGAGCAGCCUACGUGUCUGGUGCAGACCUCAGCAGACCAAAGGUUAAGCUCACCAGCACUGCAGCUAAUUGGGAGAGCAGCAAGUGGAGACUCGAACUCUGCUGAGCUGCCAGCGGUGAUUAUCCAAACUGAUCAUUAUUUGCAAGCUCCAGGUUUCCCUGGAGAUUGUGGACAGCCAAGGUCACAUCGCCAUGGAGUUGGAGAGGGAUGAACAUAAGGGAACUCAUAUCUGAAGGGUGAUUGAUAGAGCUGUAAUUGUUUAGUCUGAAAAAGAGAUAAUGGAGAAAAGUCACGAGUGAAUAAUCCAAACUUGCCAAAGUUAUUCCAGAAUCUGAAGUCACUGAGCAGGCCAGGGAUUGAGUUAGGAAAUGACAUGCGGGGGAAGAACAGAACUUGACAGUAUUUCACAGCAAAGAUGGUAAACAAGGAGAGUGUGAUUUCAUGUGAAAUAUUAGACUCAACGUUACCAACGUAUGUGCGGAAAAUCCGGAGGCAAUCUGUGAUAUCCAAGAGUUUGGCAUCUGCUUUCCCCACCAGGGGGUUUUGUAGCCAAGGGGCUUGUGGAGGAAGAAUUUUUCAUUGCAUGGUCUCCUGCCUCUCCCUGACUAUGUUCAAAGUGUAUUUUGUAAAAGCCCUUUUGUUCUGCUCAGUGUCACAUACUCACUCUCAGAUGAGGCAGACUGGCUAAUUAAGUCGUGAAGAGCCUCUGGUCCCAGAUUGCUGUGCAGAUAGAGUAGUCUAAAGGGAUAAGAAUUUUGCUUUUCUUUUGAAAAAAGAAGUUUAGAAACAUAGUACAGGUGUAGGAACACCAAAACACAAGAUGCCAGUGCGGCAGUGUCUUUAUGAAUUAUUAUGCACUGUAGGAGAGCAUCACCUAUUUAAAGUGUGCAAAAACUAGGGAAAACAAUGGGAUCAAGGAUAAGGAAAAAGAGGAACUUAGAGGCAACAAAAAGGGAGUCAGAAAAGGUCUAGACCUUGUAAAAGCAUAACACUACCAUGACUUCAUCUCUCUGAUGAAAAUUUCCCCAUAGUACAAAACUACAAACUCCCCACAGACAAGUCACUGGACACAUGGGAAGAGUGGAUGAUUUACACUUCAAGCUUGAGAGUGUGGCUUGAGAGACUCUCCAGGUCAGCUGUCCCAAACAACCUCUGCCCCUGCAGCUCACCAGCACUGUAGGGUAUGUGAUGGUUUACUAUCCUCCUAUCAGGUUGCCUCUAUAAUUAGUAAAGAAGUGUAAAGACUAAUUAAAAAUGUGAUUUUAUGUGUUGACUGCCACAGACCCUAAUCUUUCCUUGGUCUGCCUGCAGCACUCCUGUCCUGUGCUGCACCUGAAUCCCUGCCUGUGCAGGGACACCUCUGAUGAGGCUGUAAGAACUCCAGACAAUAGCUCAGAUUGCAUCUCCUGAGCAGCUUUGCUGGCACCACAUUUGUAAUCUCACAUAUGACAAGUGUGGAGUCUCCUGUUGUGAACUACCUUUACAAGAGCUCUAACACAAAUCACACGCUUGAAAGGCCAGGUAAUCCUGUCACUAAUCCACCUGGGACAGGACAGCAAGGACAUCAAGCCUAUUGUUGAUGUUAUCUGACAAGUUCUGUUGCUGACUGGGGUAUCAUUGUCACAGUUCAGGAGCUUCUGCUCUGCCAGCUGCUCUCCCUCUUGCUGCAUUGAACCAGCUCAAGUCUUACCAGUACCUUGCCUUGCAGCUCAGAGGCAAAUGAGCACUGGAACUGCUGAGGACAAUCUGAUCUCAACCUUAUCUCACUGAGGUGAGAUAAGGUGUGUGCACACACCUGUCUGCUGGUUUUCUGGCACCUGCUUCAGCACAGACACUGACUUCUUUCUGGAUACUUUGCAUUUGCAUAUCAAUUAUGGCUUCUGAAGUCAGGACCCAGGAAUGUGCUAUGUGUGUCUGUAACUGCUGCAGCUUUCUUUAGGCUUAGAAACUAAAUGUAGCAUUGGGUGGGGCUUAAUGAGUCAAAAUUUCUCUGUUACUGGUCCCUGGACUGGUACAGUGUGCAAAUGAAGCUAAGUGCGAUGCCUGUGGCAUGUGUCCACAUCAGCACAGGUGUAACUGCUACCACAAAUGUGACUCUGCUGUAAUGAUUUUAAUGAAAUAAACCCAUUUUGUACAAAAAUUAAAUAUAGUUUAUCAGUGUUGAUAAACUCAGCUGAUGUUGGAAAGUACACAGCACAGACUGCCAAGGCCAAUAUGUCCUGCUUUCUGGAAAAAAUAGCAAUUUUCAAGCAAUACUGAGCUAAUAGUAUUCUCCAGACUCUUUUGUCUUUGAUAAUCUCCUGCCAGUUAACUUUGGGUGCAAUUCCAGAGACAGUAAUCACUAAAAUUUUGCCCUUUUUCUAUGGCUAUGAGAAAAAUAAAUGAGAGGGACUCUACAAAAUAUAAAAAACAUUCUUCCCCCACCUUUUUACCUUCAUUUUUUUCCCAUAUCACACAAGGUCCCUCAGGCUAAAGUUCAUCUCACUGCAGUCUUGCUCCAAUACUCAUAAUUCUUUGAUGAUUUGAGAUACUUUGUGAUUCUGGCUGGCCUGAACUGUUUGUCCUUUUUAAUCCUGGAUGCCAGGCACUGCAGCAAGACACAUAAUUCAGCUGUAAGAGACCAUGGCACGUGCUCUGAACAAGGACCAGAAACUGCUGGUGUCUGCAUCUCUUGUGACAGCAAUUCCUAAGGCAUUUUUGGGGUCAGAAGGACCUCAAUCUAUUUUGUGUGAAGGGGUUUUUGUUGUCACACAGACUAAGCAGUCCCUCAAACUUUCUCCAAGCUAGCAAAACCACUCAGGCUCCAUAAAUCAAGAACUAUAGGAAUGAAAUAAUGUAUUAAAUUCCUGGGAGAGAGGAAAGUGUAUCCUGCAGACACCUCAUCACUUGGGAACUGGAGUCUGCAAAUAUUUUGUCUAAGCAAAUUCAGCAGCCAGAGGAUGGUCAAGUUUCAAAGGAUCUAUAGAGAUCCCAGUCCAUCCCCCUCCAACAAGGUAAGACAAAUAAAAUUUGUUGCUGUCAUCCUUGGGAGAUGUGUGUCUAAAAAAUUCCUGAAGAGCCCAGUGGAGCAUGCAGAACAUGGGAGCCUUUAAGGAAUGUGCCAGGCUGGAGGCUGAAGGCCCUGUUAGAUGUCACAGCCCUCAAGUUCACUGCUCAGCUGUGUCAGUGCCAGGGAUGACUCACUCUCCUGCUGACCCAACAUGGAGCAGUGCCAGUCCUCCUGCAGAGCAAUCACACUAAUUAAUCCUCCCAAGGAGUGCAAAUAAUUGAGUGGCUUCUUCACAUGCAGAUUCCUUUGGUUUCUAUUUGUCCAGGCCUCUGUAAUCUCUCUGGGUCCUGAUUUAGGACCCCCCUCCACAGUGAAAUAUCCUGGAGAAUUUUUCAAACUUUUGGAGCAAGGCACACAGAAGAUGGAUUACAGGAUUCUCCAUCACUUGGGAUCCCUGAAUGAGUCAUGGACAUCUUUAUAAAAAGCAUAAUCCAGUCCAGCCCUUGGGCUGACUCCUGGUACAGGAUACAGUGGGUGAGGUUUGACAUUUGUGUUAUGUGGGAGGUAUGUGAGCAUCUCCAGUUCUUGGGAUUCAGCUCUCCAGUGCAACCUUUCAACCACCUUUCCCUUCAUUUCUCUCACAGGGAAAAACAAAAUGCAGGACCUUGCCAGACCUGCCUUGCCAUGCCAGAGAUCGGGAACGCUGAGCUCAGCUACAGUGGCACUUCCUGGGAAAAAAUCUGCCCAGUCCAUCACUGCCCCAUUCCUGCAUCCCCUGGGCCAGGGGAAGACAACUUACCCUCCUCCAGCCACACGCUUGGGCCAGGCUCCACGCAGUCCAAUGGCCAGGUGCCAUCCAGCUCACAGGACUCACAGCAGCACCACCCAUAUUACCCCUGCAACCAGGAGGAGUCCCGAGGCAGCUACGGCCUGCCCUCGCUCCCUGGGCAUGGCGAGAGGCCCGUGCUGUGUUCCCACCUUUCCAGUGGUGAUCUUGUGCCAGCUUCCCACCACGAGGCCUCGGAAACGCCCUGGAAGCAGUGGUCCCCCGGGCAGCGGCGGCCGGUGCAACAUCACGUAGUCACAGUCAGACAUGACAAAGCUUUCAGGAUGCCAAAAAGUUACUCACAGCUGAUGGCCGAGUGGCCGCUGGCCGUGCUGGUGCUGUGCUCCGCGGUGGCAGCGAUCUGCACCGUGGCUGGGCUGCUGGUUGGGAACCUGCCUGACUUUUCAGAACCCCUAAUGGGUUUCGAGCCACGGGACACUGACAUUGGCAGGAAGCUCAUUGUGUGGAGGAAUAUCGAGAGCCACACAGGCUACAAGAAGACCCUUUCCCUUUCUCCCUAUGCCAAGAAGAAAAGCUAUGAUGACCUUGGCAUUGGCAGAGGACAGAAGGUUGCUCAGGAAGAACAAGCAGCGAGGACACGGAGAAUGGUGGAAACCAUCUAUGGAGCAGAUGGAUUCUUCUGUGGUCCCCCAGAAAAGAGCUAUUCCCAGCUGGUAUUUAUGUCCACAACUGCUGGGAGCUUAUGGAACUUGCAAGCAAUUCAGUCUAUGUGUCAAAUGGAACAAGACAAGAUACGCUCACAUGUGCAUUUUAGAGACCUCUGCCAGCGCACUGAAGCCAAUGAAUGCUGCCCAAGCUGGUCCCUGGGGAACUACAUUGCUGUCCUGUACAACAGGUCUUCAUGUCUGGAGAUAACCCAAGGAGACAUCUCCCACACCCUGGCUCUGCUCCGUGCCUGUGCUCCAGACUACCACCGAGGUGUCCUCACUCCAUCCUGCAUAGGCCCCGAGGCUGUCAGACAGAAACACUCUCAGUGCGCCCAAGUCCCAGAAAAAUGCACCCGCUUCAACGCCAUCUACCAGCUGCUUCACUUCUUGGUCGACAGGGACUUUCUCAGUCCCCAGACGAUGGAGUACCAAGUGCCCUCUCUCAAAUACAGCCUGCUUUUCCUGCCUACAAGAAAAGGUGCAUCUAUGAUGGGGAUCUACUUAGACAACCUUGAAACCUGGGAUCUGUUUGAUAACUACACAUCUAUCACUGGAAUGGACUUGGGCCUUAAACAGAAGCUAUUCCACCACUACCUUUUACUGGAUACUAAGUAUCCAGUCCUGGCAAUAUUAGCUAUUUUUCUAAGCAUUUCUUUUUAUUUACGUUCACUGUUUAUUACCUUGAUGGUCCUGCUCGCUGUUGUCAGCUCUUUGAUGAUCUCCUACUUCUUGUACAAGGUGGCCUUCAGAUUCACCUAUUUCCCUUUUGUCAACCUGACAGCAGUCAUUGUUCUCAGCAGCAUUUGUGCCAACCACACUUUCGUCUUCUUCGACCUGUGGAACCUCAGCAAGAGCCAGAACCCUUCUGCCGGGCUUGCUCAGUGGGUGAGUCAAACCAUGCACCAUUUUGCCUAUCUCAUGCUGGCCUCAUGCUUCACGACCGGUGCUGCCUUCUACGCCAGCUACAUCAGCAACAUCACAGCCAUCCGCUGCUUCGCUGUCUACAUGGGCACCUCGGUGCUGGUGAACCUGGUUUUCAUGAUGACCUGGCUGCCCUCUUCGGCCGUGCUGUACGAGCGCUACAUCGCAACAACCUGUGUUUACAAGCCAGAAGCCUACUGGAACAACAGCAGCCACAAGAGAGUCGCUCUCUCCGUUCAUUACGUCCUCCGAGCUCUCCAGAACACACUGUCUGAAACCUCCAAGCUGCUCUUUGAAAAGCUUCUGCCUUGUGGAGUCAUCAAGUUUCGGUACAUCUGGAUCUGCUGGUUUGCUGCCCUAGCCAUAGGAGGUGCCUACAUUUCCUGUUCCAACCCCAAACUCAAACUCCCAACUCUGGAGACAUCAUCUGUCCAAGUGUUCAGGCUCAGCCACCCCUUUGAGAGGUACGAUUCCGAGUACUGCCACCAGUUCAUGUUUGAGAGGCUGGAGCGUGGAGAAGGCCAGCGUAUGCCUGUCACCAUUGUCUGGGGCAUUCUGCCCGUGGAUAACGGGGACCAUUUCAAUCCAAAAAGCAACGGCACCCUAGUGACAGACACCACCUUCACCAUCCAAAACCCUGAUGCCCAGAAGUGGCUCCUUGAAUUCUGCCAAAAAGUGAAGAACAAAACUUUUUAUUAUCCUGAUGCAGAACAGAAAUCUACUGUGUGCUUCAUGGAGGAGUUCCUCAGGUGGAUGGACAGUCGCCAGUGCUCCCAGCGAGACCACAGCUUCAACCUUUGCUGUAACCAGUUCUCCUUCCCUUACAGAAGCGAAGUCUUCCUGCACUGCAUCAAAAUGAUGCUCCUGGAAGAGGGCAGGGAAGGGGCAGAAAUGUACGAUCUGGGCCUCAGGUUUGAUGGGGAGGGAAAUGUCGCUGCCUUAGUGCUGCAGUUUCAAACUAUUUAUCACUAUACCUUCAACUACAGCAGAGCCAAACAAUUCUAUGAGGAAAUCAGCCUCUGGAUAACAGAGGAAAUGAAAACUGCCCCCAUGGGGCUUCAGAAUGGAUGGUUUACCAGUAAACUAGAGCUGUACAACCUCCAGCACAGUCUCAGCACAGAAACCAUGGUGGUCAUGGGGCUCUCCAUAGCCAUUUCCUUUGUGGUGCUGCUGCUCACGACCUGGAAUGUUCUCCUUAGUGUUUUCUCAGUUACUGCCAUUGCAGGCACCGUCCUGGUAACCGUUGGCCUUUUGGUCCUCUUGGAGUGGCAGCUCAAUGCAGUGGAGUCUCUCUUCAUUUCAGCUGCAGUAGGUCUCUCUGUUGACUUCACUGUCAACUACUGCAUCUCCUAUCACCUGUGCCCCCAUUCCGACCGCCUGAGCCGAGUGGCCUUUUCCCUGAAGCAGAUGAGCUGUGCCACAGCCAUGGCAGCUUCUGCUCUCUUCUCUGCAGGGGUCAUUAUGUUGCCUGCCACGGUCCUGGCGUACAGGAAGCUGGGGAUAUUCAUCAUGAUGAUCAAUUGUAUCAGCUGUGGGUUUGCCAGCCUCUUCUUCCAGUCGCUCUGCUGUUUCUUUGGCCCAGAGAAGAAUUGCGGGCAGAUCCUUUGGCCUUGUGCCCACACCAUGAAAGACUAUUCUGAUGACUCUGGGCCAAAUGGAAACUUUGCCUGUGGGGGCAGCGAGAAGCAAAACCGGUUGCGGAAGGUCCAGGAGUCCAACACUGCAAACGAGCAAUACGAGCUGCAGCCCUUGUCCAGGAAACUCAGCGACAGUUUUGACAACAGCACUUCCACAAGCAAGCUGUCCAACCGGCCCUCUGUGCUCUCUGAAGACAUACAAGUUGAAGACAGCAGAUGCCCUCGCGUGGGAAUGCACCCCUCCCUGGAAAGAGAGAGACAGAACCUGCAGGAUGCCCUCGGAGACCAGCAGGUCAGCCUGUGCCAGUGUCCCGCCUUGCAAACUUCCUCUCCUUACAAGCACAGCACCUCAGAAACAGAAAUUCACAGGGAGAGACUCUGCCGAGAUUGUCGCUGUCGAAAGUAUGGUCUGAAAGCAUGGGAUGGGUCUGGGCUGGACCACAUCCAGCCGGCUGGCGUGAAAGAAGAAGGGCAGCUCAAUAAAUCCCAGUGCUCCAGUGACACUGCCCAGCAGCAGUCAGAUUAUACCUCAGACCACAGCCCUCUCCCUGCUGCUGACAUCUACAAAAUUCACAGAUGCCUUUGUUCUCUUGGCAGCUCUUUCGAUAUGCUCAACAUCUCCAGCGAGACAUCAAUCAGUGAUUUUGAGCAAGGCCUGAAGCUCGCUGAAUCAGCCAGUUCCUGUCCCGAUGCCUUAGAGCUGUCUGACUCCUACGGUAACGCGGAGCGAGGUUACCUGAACGGGAAGAGAGAUACCCUGCGGCUGGACCUGAGGGAGACUGUCUUUGAUGUCUCUCCAGCUGCAUCACAGCAGAACAGCUCUUCAUGGAAAAAUCGGUUUGGAUUGGGGAACGAAGGGCCGGUCGUGCUGCCCAACAGCCAGCCAGACAUGCCUGAUGUUUGGAUCAAACGAUCCAGUGCACAAAGUUCCGGUUACAACAGCUGAGACCUUGCGGAAAGCAAAGCUGCUGCUAGGGAAAAGGGAAAUCUGAAUGUCCUUAGAGCUGUAAAUAUCAAUUUUUUCCUCCCACUUCGCCUAGAGCUGAGACUGAGACUAUUUCUUAAUAUUUCAGCUGUGCAAAACAUGUGUUUUUACAGGAAUCAGCAGAUCUGAUGCCAGUGAGAGGACACGGGAGCCAUUGUAAUGGACUACAAGCCUCUUGACUUCCAGUAUCUGGUGCCAUGUUCACAGCUGUUCACAGGACUUACCAAGUAAACCUGGUUUGUCAUUUCCUACAAGGUGAUUAGGUUUUGUUUGCUUGAAAGAAAUAAUGAGGUGAAGCUCUCCAGGUAUUUAAUGACAGAGUGCUCAUGUAAAAUAAAUAAAUAAAUAAAUAAAAAAUUCCAAAACUGAGCUACUGAAAAUCUAGGUAUCAAGUGAAGUGUAUUGUGAAUAAUAAAAAUUAAAGUAUUUAAUUUUCUACUUUAUGCAAAGCCCACAUCCACAGACCCCACCAAAAUAGCUCAGAUAUUAUAAAAAGUCCUGUCAAGACUUCUGAGUUGACACAGCCUCUUCCUGACCAUUGAAGAGUCUGCAGAAUAUGGCCCAAAUCUAUUUCCAGUAACAAUUUCAGUUUGUUUUAUCUGAAGGAAUUCUAAUACUGCCAAAGAUUUUCAGUGUGAAUUUCCCCCUUGAGAAAAGAAUCCUCGUCCCUGCUGGACUCAGGUGCCUUGUGUUCUCUUUACAGUGUGUUUCCACUCAAGGCAUUCCCUCAAAUAUGUAACUUUUUUAAAUUCACAUAUCUGUUGAAUGUUGAAUUUUAGGGUUUUUCCCACCCCUCUACCAGAAACAAACAGGAAAACAAACAUUUAUUUGCCCUGAUUUGUUGAAAAAAUAAAACAUUCUAGUUACAAGUUGAUGUACAAUAAAUGCUUGUUAACAACCUUU